AUGGCGACUUUACUGGAAUCCCUGGCAGCGCCUUACUUCCAUUCCACCCACCCGUUCCUCAGGCUGGAAAAGCUCGAGGUCGGCGCACUCUACAUCAUGAUAUCGAUCCCCCUCCCCAUCUUCAUGGGCCGCAAGAAGCACGUCUACGAGGCCGUCAUGUCCACCGACCCGGACUUCCCCUUCGACACCUACGAGGGCAUGGUCUCGGACGGCCUCUCCUCGGAGGAGUUCUACUGGGACCUGUACUGGCACACCUCCAGCACCCCAAGCAACAAGGACACCCCCGAAGACGAGGGCGGCGGCGUCCUCUACCGCCUCCGCAAGGAGCCGGCUUGCCCGCAGACCGUCAUCUACGACCGCCUCCACGUCGUGCGUCCGCGCUCGCACGUCCGGCUCGUCGGUCUCGUUCGCGUCGCCAGCGUGCCCGCCGUCUUCGUCCCGCACAUGACGGAGUACCUCGACUGGUUGACGUGCGCGUCGGCACGCGCCGCCCACCGCAGCUUCCUCUGGGCCACCAUGGCGACUUACCGCGUGCGCCGCCACCUGCUCAAGGGCGACGGCGUCAGCGACCACAGCUUUCACCAGUUCGACAUCUCGCGCUUCACGACCGAGCUGCUCUCGUUCGCGUACACCGAGGCGCACAACACCAUGGCCCAGGGCGGCGACGGCGCGGCGAGGCCGGCGAUCGCGUCCUAG